AUGUCGUCAGGAUUGGCCUCGGAUGAGGUCGCCGAGGAUUACAAGAAUUCCUUGGAAGAUCUAAUAACCAACGACAAGUUCCAGAUCGGCAAUUUGACCGUCAUCGCCAAAGAAAACACGGAACACGCCAUGGCCAUAUCGCGCGUGUUGGAGAACCAUAUUCGAACAACACCGCCGGCCCAAAAGUUGCCUGCCUUGUAUGUAGUCGACUCAAUAGCGAAGAAUGUAGGGACACCCUACACUCUUUUCCUAGGUCGCAAUAUGUAUCAGACCUUCAUGAAUGCCUACACUUUGGUCGACUCCCAAACUCGCCGGAAACUGGACGAGAUGCUCAAGACUUGGAAAGAGCCGGUGCCGGGGUCCUUGGACACAAGGCCUGUCUUUCCUCCGGAGACCACUCGAGGCAUCGAAAGUGCCCUGAUCAAGGCUAGAACUGCUGCUCUUCAGCAGCAGCAGGCUCGGAGCCAGCAAGACAUACUCGGCCGCGGUCGAGUCGGGACUCCUCCAGGCUGGACCAACAGCCCGACGCCCUCGCAGAAUAUGGCACGAUAUCCGUCUUCUGCCAAUUCAACUCCGCCCAUGCCAUACCAGAGAAAUGGCACUGGCCACGGACAUCAACCGGCGGACCCGCGCUCAACGCCGACUCCUCAGUCUCAACAACAUCAAACUGUCGACCUCUCGGCCUUAAAUCAGGAUAUCGAAACGCUGAUCACGGCAGCCCGGAGCGACUUUGCCAACAAUCCUCUAGAAACGUCCGUGCAGCAACGGCUAAAGGCGCUGUUGGACCUCCAGGGAAUAUUGCAACGCCAAGAGCUGACCCAAGAUCAGCUAAGGCUUGUCCGCCAUCAGGUCUCAACGCUUGCACCGAAACCUGCUAUACCAACGCCUCAGAAUCUCCCCCCGAGUAUCCCAGCCGUCUCAACCCCUACCAUGGCGACUCCGCCGACCCAAACGUUGUCCCAGCCUUUGCAACAACUUCUUAAUCCGGGGACCCUUGCCGAGUUGAUCAAGUCUACUGCCGCGCGCCAGCAACCAACUCCGCCACCUGCAGCUGCCAGUAUCUUGUCACAGAUGCCCCAAAAUAGCAGCACGCCUCAACCCGCUGUCACGUCGGCCCCCGAUAAUCCACUAAUCGCCGCUCUUAGGGCUCGAGGCCUGCUGCCCCCUGCUGCUGGUUCACCGGCUCCUACAGCUCCUCCUUCGGGCGGUGCCCCAGCCUUUCCGCUUAUUGUACCUGGUCAGAUGCGAUACACUCCUCCAGUCACCAACCCCUCGUCGAUGAAUGUCUCGGAGAUUCAGGUGAAUGUUCAAAUGAACACUGCGUCCAUCAAGAUACCCCGCACCCCCUUAAUCGCCAGCCUUUAUGAAUCAAGGUCAAAUCGAUGCGGAACGUGUGGUCGCCGGUUUCUCGCUACGGAAGAAGGAAAAGAAAAGAAGGCGCGUCAUUUAGACUGGCAUUUUCGAACUAACCAACGCAUGGCCGAUGCCGCCAAGCGGGCCCAGAACCGCAGUUGGUACGUCGACGAAAGGGACUGGAUAAAAUCCCGCGAGGCGGGAGAUGACCAAGGCCUUGUCGACCCCGAGGCCGCCGGUGAAGGCGCAACUGCAGCGGACGGCGCUGCUGCUAAAAAGGGCCCUCCAAAGCCAUGGAUUCGAGCCCCCAACGAUGCCACUCUGCGAAACACUCCUUGUCCCAUAUGUCAAGAGAAAUUUGAGUCGACGUGGUCCGAAGACGUCCAAGACUGGAUAUGGCAGGAUGCGGUCAAGGUCGGUAACCGUGUCUAUCAUGCUAGCUGCUAUGCCGAAGUCACUAAAGACGGACCGGCGCCCAUGCGCCGAGGCACGCCGUCAGGACGCACGGGAACGCCAGACUCCGUCCUGGGCAAGCGCAAAGUUGAGGAGUCGGACUCUCCAGGUCACAACGUUCGUGUCAAGACGGAGCCGAUGUCAUGA